GUUGAUCUUCGUGGGUCACGCGUCGAAAUGGCAACUUCACCGCCGCCGCUGAUGUGCAUGCAUCCUACCAGAAUCUCUCGCCGGACAACGCGGCGAUGACGGUCGAACUGCUUCUGCAGAUAUCCGCGCAGAUGGCGGGUGGUGGCGCGUUGAACGCGACGACCGCCGGCACCACGAUCUCUUCGGCAACGGUGAGCGCGUUCACACCCGCCCGGUCCUCGCUCGCUUGCAACAUGCUGUGGUUCAUGAGUCUGGGGCUCAGUCUCGGGUGCGCACUGCUCGCGACGCUCGUCGAGCAGUGGGCCCGGAACUUCGUGCAGAGGGUGGACAUGCGGCCGUCGCCGCCGAUCCGCGCGCGGGUGUACUCGUUUCUGUAUUUUGGACUGAAGCGGUUCCGGAUGCACGACAUCGUCGAGGUCGUUCCGCUGCUCCUGCACCUCUCGCUUAUCCUGUUUCUCGCUGGCCUUGUGCUCUUCCUGAUCCCGGUCAACACGGCCGUGAUGUACCUAUGUGUAGGCAUCCUGGGGCUCAUUAUGCUUGUCUACGCAAUAGUAACGGUGCUGCCUCUGCUGGCCUCUGACUGUCCGUAUCGCACGCCUCUCACCAAUGCCUGCUGGAACCUCGCCUUCCUCGGGAGACACAUCAUGGAACUCUUCCAUCCGAAUGCGGUGGCUUCCACGCAAACCAUGACGGAACGGAUGGUUGUCGACGCGACUGUAGCUAUCAGCUCGAGGUUCAAGCGGGACCUCCAUGCUCUGACGUGGACUCUCAAAUCGCGAGUCGACGACAACGAGUUGGCGCCGUUCAUCGAGGCGCUUCCCGAGGCUCUUUUUGUCACCGCAGGAGACGUCCGUAGUCCCUUGAUCGUUUCGGUCACACAGGACACGGAAGCCGGGCUCGUCCGUCGGCUGCUGUCGUUCCUGCGGUCGGCUGUGGCGGGGAACGAGACACAGCGAUGCAUCGCCGCCGUGAAGGCCGUCGUCGCGCUAGCGCACAUCCGAAUUGACGCUGGCGGUGCCACAAAUUCUCUCCAGCCCUCGCUCCCGUUCUUUGCUUGGGCUCGGUUCGAGCCCGAGCAUGGCAUGGGGCAGGCGCCGCCUGUGCUGAUCUCAAGUAGCUUGGGCUGGAGUUAUCUCUAUACGAAUCACCCCGGCGCGGCGCUGGAGCCGUAUUGGUCCACGAUGUCGGCACUGCUGUAUUGGAGCUGCGCGUGCGAGAUAGAACACUCGUUGGACGAUUUACAACGCGCAUAUACUAGGCAAGGGCAAAAAGGGAACAUCAAAGGGCUUGUACAGUCCAAGUGGCGUGCUUUCGGCCGGCCAGGAUACCCUCUUGUCCUCCCCUCUGUCGUCGCAGCUCCCCUGGACGGUACAGUCCCGGUCUCGGAUCUGCUGCAGACUGCGCGAGCGGAGCUGGCCGAUGCUAAGCUCAACGUCGUCUGCACCUACCUCCUCCGGUCUCUCGACCAACCUGCGCUUCCAUACAAGUUUGAAUCCAGUUUCGCGAUGCUCUGGCAGAGCUGCCGGCCCCCAUUCUCGGCCCAGCACCAGGAGAUGGUCGCAAAAACGCUUGUGACUUGGAAGGACGAAAACUGGAAAUUCUCGGAGGCGGAGCGAGCGUUGUUGAUUCCAGCCAUCCAAUUCCUCGUCCACGCCUAUCUGAGCCUGUAUUCGAGUCACGAAGCGACAUCACCGCUGACCACUCCGUCCAUCGCUGUGGUGGAUGCCUUGUUGUCAUUCAUUGGCCGACAUAAUGCAUCAGAGCGCGCGCCUGUGAUCGAGACCGUUCUGGGCUUCUCGACACUAGGUGGUUCCAUACUUGAGACUUUGAUGGACCUCGUGACAAGGUAUAUUAAUGAGAAUCCCCAUUUCCAUAAAGCGAGCGAGCGGAACCUCACGGGACUAUGGGCGCUCGCGGCGUGGAUCCUGUCUUCGAGACCACCGACUGUGUUGUUGGGUGAUUCGCAGUCGAUCGCGCGGUUGGACUCACUCAACGACCGAAGUGGGAUGGCGACGUGCGCCUCGGUCAGCAUUGCGAUCAAUCACCUCAGACGACUCCGAUCCGAGCUGGAUGCGUGUAAGGACCCUCAUUCUCUAGACGUCGUUCAAGCGCUAUACGACCGGAGUUGGGACCUUUCGCUGUGGCCAGACGGCACUGCCGCACCGCAAGUCCAAGGCCUGAACCUGCACCGACUCAGCUCCGCCGAGCGGCAUCGGCUGCUCACCACGCAUCUUCGAAUUCGGCUGAACGAGGCGACGCUAGCCGCGCUUGCCGGCUUCAUCAACGCGUCCGCCUUGCAUCUGAUCCCGCACGACUCGUCGCUAGUCAUGCGCCUGUUCGCUGAGAAUUUGAGUCCCGGGGACGAGACGGGUGCACAUGCUCGGCAUCGCAUGGCCUUGGUCGACGCGUUGAUUUUCUUCACGGCAUCGCACAAGGCGGAGAACUGUUUAGUGUCGUUCACACAUCGGCACCUAGACGCGUUUCUUGUGUUCCUCGAUGACGAAGACGUCAUGAGCCAGUUUGAGGCGCGUUUGAGGGCGCGGUCGACGGGUCACGCGACAAAGGAACUGGCGGUGAUCUUGGGUGGGCUGCGAGGUCUUGCGGAGGCGGACAUGAGAACGAGAAUAUGGGGAACUGCGGUUUGACACUGAGUAUCCAAUGCACGUGCUUUUGGUGCAAUUCUAUUGAUCUGUGUAACUAAUAUUCGAGGCGAGGGAUUGACGAAACGGGGGGCAGACGGAAUUGCCAACGCUGAAUCUAAGAUCAGCGUGUGAAUGACUCAAAUCUACAUCUAAUCUUAUCAAAUUAUUGUGAUUGACGCGGCCUUCCGUUAUCGAUAAUGAACUCCGAUCGAUCGCUUUCCAAAAAUAGAGCUGUCCUCAAGGUGGCUCACCAUCAUGAACAGCCCCAAUCUUCCUGCUAAACCUUCUCCUGUUCAACACACUCUCCGUUUACCCCGCAAGACACCAUCAUGUCCCAACCUCCCAGCAGGCAGCCCUCACGUCCGGCCACGCCGUCCCGGUCCAGCACGCCCAUGAUGAGGUUUAAAGACUUUGUCAUGGACGCGGUCAGGCACUACAAGAACGAGACCGACUCGGAGGCGCAUCAGAUCUUCCGGCAGACCGCAGGCCACAAAGUCAAGGGCACGUUCCCGCAGACGAUCAACCCCGACGAGGAGACCGUGCCCGGAAUCGAGCACCCCGGCAGCACCGGUGUGAUCUACUGCUCCGAUCGCGCGAUGGCGAACGGGUUCAGCUACGCGGCGUCCCACGAGUGGGCGAACCUGGGCCAGGGUGCGCCCGAGGUCGGCGAGAUCCCGAACGCGCCCCCGCGCCUGACGUCCAUCCCGCUGCCGACCGACUCGCUCGAGUACGCGCCGACGACCGGCGUGAAAGAGCUGCGCACCGCGGUCGCGGAUCUGUACAACCACACGUACCGCCAAGGCAAGGCGAGCCAGUACACCUACGAGAACGUGUGCAUCGUCCCUGGGGGCCGCGCGGGGCUGUCGCGUGUCGCUGCCGUCAUCGGUGACGUCUACACGUCGUAUCAGGUCCCCGAUUACACAGCGUACGAUCAGGUGCUGUCGUCCUUCAGACGGCUCGUGCCGGUUCCCACUGCCUUGGAUCCCAAGACCAAAUAUCGCCUGGACAUUGCCCAAACCAAGAGGGACAUUCAAACUCAAGGUCUGGCUGUCAUCCUCGCGUCGAAUCCGCGGAACCCCACGGGCCAGGUCAUCAAGGGGAAAGAUCUCAAGGAGCUCGUUGCCAUCGGCCGGGAGGGGACUACCGUCAUUCUUGAUGAAUUCUACUCCUGGUACAUCUACCCCGAGCACGACAAAGAUUUCGGUCACUCGGUGUCCUCAGCCGAGUACGUCGAGGAUGUGAACAGUGACUCUGUUGUCAUCAUUGAUGGUCUGACCAAGAACUGGCGUCUGCCGGGAUGGCGCAUCUGCUGGGUGAUCGGACCCAAGAACCUCGUGACCGCGUUGUCCCAGUCCGGAUCCUUCCUGGACGGGGGCGCCAACCACCCAAUGCAGCUUGCCGCGAUUCCUCUGCUGGAGCCCGCCCGCGUGCGUCUGGAGAAGGAGGCGCUGCAGCGGCACUUCAAGGCGAAGCGCGACCACGUGCUGAAGCGCCUGCACGACAUGAAGCUCGACGUGGACAUCCCACCCAAGAGCACGUUCUACAUCUGGCUCAACCUCGAGAACCUGCCCGCGCCGCUGAACAACGGCCUGACCUUCUUCGAGGAGCUGCUCAAGGAGAAGACGAUCGUGAUCCCGGGCAUCUUCUUCGAUAUCAACCCCAGCCACCGCCGGAACCUGUUCAACUCCCCGUGCCACCACUUCGUGCGGAUCUCGUUCGGGCCGCCGUUGAAGGACCUUGACAUGGGUCUGGACGCGUUCGAGCGCGUGCUGAAGAAGGCACGCAAGGAAGGCAUGAAGGCCUUUGGACACGAGUCGGUUUCCCCCUUUUUCAGUGAUUCGGAUGAUACUGACCUCGGCUUCAGCUACCGCAAGAGCGUCGAUGAGACUGCUGAGGUUGCUCCCGCGAUCUAA